AUGCUUCUGGGGAGUGGUCGUGGUAAAACCGGAGGCAAGGCCAGAGCUAAGGCCAAGACCCGCUCCUCCCGUGCCGGGCUCCAGUGGGCCAUUGGCCUUGUUCACAGGCUGCUGCGUAAAGGUAACUAUGCAGAGCGUGUCAGUGCAGGCGCCCCGGUCUACCUGGCUGCUGUGCUGGAGUAUCUGACGGCUGAGAUUCUCGAGCUGGCUAGAAACGCCGCCCGAGACAACAAGAAGACAAGGAUCAUCCCCCGUCACCUGCAGCUGGCUGUCCGCAACGACGAGGAGCUCAGCAAGCUGCUGGGUGGAGUCACCAUUGCUCAGGGUGGUGUGCUGCCUAACAUCCAGGCUGUGCUGCUGCCCAAGAAGACCGAGAAGCCCGCCAAGACCAAGUAAAGCUGCUGCUUCUCACCGCUACUAGCUCCAAAAACGGCUCUUUUAAGAGCCACACACUCCAAACAAAGAGCUUUCAUCUUUGUUUGUUGUUCUGUUUAAUAUGCAGGAUUAAAUUUAAGAGUAGGUUCUAAAUUAUCAUUUUUACUAAUCACAUACUUCCUAUUUUUCUUGUCCACAUCAAUAAUUACAUUUA